GGGGUGUGAACUCAUAUAGGCUGUGUAUUUUCGAGUUGUUGCUAUCCACCUGUUACGAGUCUAGUGCAAAGGAAUAUAAUGGCGUUCACCGUUCUUGAGCGAAUAAAUGCAUGGUUACUUGAAGCGUGCAUGGGUGUACUUUUCGUGAUGUUUAAGUUACUGUCGCCGCGGCCGUCCGGUCAACCUAGAAAACUCCCACCGGUUACCAAUCCCUUAUUGACAAUGUCUGCGAUGCAGCUCGCGGAGAAGAUUCGUCGUAGAGAGGUGUUGAGUGUGGAGGUAGUACAGGCCUACAUAGACAGGAUCCAGGAGGUUAACCCUUUGAUCAAUGCCAUGGUUAAGGACAGGUUCUCGGCUGCCCUGCAGGAGGCGGCCCAGGCAGACAGGCUGGUUGAGGAGGAGAGGGGGGGGGAGGAGGUCCUGAAGGACAAGCUACCUCUGCUGGGGGUCCCCCUUAGUGUCAAAGAGGCCUUCUCCUUGCAAGGCAUGCCCAACUCCAGUGGCUUGUUGUCGAGGCAGCGGGUGUUGGCGUCGGUGGACUCACCCCCCGUGGCGUACCUGAAGAGGGCGGGGGCUAUCCCCUUGGGCGUGACCAACUCCAGCGAACUGUGCAUGUGGAUGGAGUCCCACAACCACCUCUACGGCAUCACCAACAACCCCUACAACCUGGAGAGGAUACCUGGGGGAAGCUCAGGAGGAGAGGGCAGUCUGUUGGGAGGAGCCGGGUCGGUCAUAGGGGUGGGGUCUGACAUCGGAGGGAGCAUCCGCAUGCCUUGCUUCUUCAAUGGAGUAUUUGGCCAUAAAACAACACCAGGGGUGGUUUCUAAUGAGCACCAGUACCCUCCGUCCUCUGGUCUUCACGACGACUACCUCAGCACGGGGCCCAUGUGUCGCUAUGCUGAGGAUCUACUGCCCAUGCUCAGGAUCAUGGCUGGGCCCAACAUUCACAAGCUGUCCCUGUCCACGGAGGUGGACCUGAGGAAACUGAGGAUCAUCACCAUCCCUCACGAUGGUGGUUCUCUUCUGGUGUCUCCAGUGGACCAACAGCUCAUUCACGCCCAGAGAAAGGUGGUGGAGUACCUGGAGACCGACCUGGGGGUCAGGGUUCAGGAGGUGCGACUGGACGGCCUCAAGUACUCCUUCCAGAUCUGGAACACCUUCAUGAACCUGCCUGACCACGAGGGCAAGCCUCCCCAACCCUUUGCGGAGCUGCUGGGGGAGCCGGGGAAGCCAGUGAGGCCCGUGUGGGAACUGCUGAAGUGGACGGUGGGAAGGUCGUCUCACACCAUGGCUGCCGUUGGCCUGGUUCUGAUCGAGAUGACCAACUCCAAAGCGUCUCCGUUGGUCCUCCAGCUGAAGGAGCGGCUCCAGCAGGAGGUGGAGGAGCUCCUGGGGGAGGAUGGGGUGCUGCUCUACCCCAGCCACCCCCACCUGGCCCCCAAACACCACCACCCUCUCUUCACCCCCUUCAACUUCUCCUACACUGGCAUCCUGAACAUCUUGGGCCUCCCCGUGACCCAGUGUCCUUUGGGGCUGAGUGAGGAGGGCCUCCCCCUGGGAGUGCAGCUGGUGGCUGGGAAGAGUCGAGACCAUCUGCCCCUGGCCAUGGCCCUGUAUCUGGAGAAGGCCUUUGGGGGCUGGAGGGACCCCGGUGCCUCUUGAGCCCACGACACCCCACGCCAGACCUCUUCCCUGGCCUGGCUGGAGACAAAACCAUGCCUAUUUAUUUUCAAUUAAAAUCCCUUUGAUUCAGAAGGAAUUCAAGUGGCAUGCUGGUACACACCUGACUGCUGGCUGGGCAUGACCAGUCUAGUGGUCGGGGGAUUCAGCAUCAACACGUGGCAGUUUCAGUAUAGUUGCCUUUAUGCACACAACAAAUAAAAUAUUUUUGCAUGACAUGACUACAUUUUGUACCAUUUCUUCCUGAAAUACUAUCAGUAAAUGAUACAUGGAACGUAUUAUCUGCAGUUCUGCUUUAAAAAAAAAAAUUUAAAUAACUUGAAAAAAGGUCAAUUUCAUAAACCUUGCUUUUAAAGCAAAUCUGUGGGACUAAUUUAUACGGAAACUUAUCCUGACUCAGACGGGUUAUCUGAGGGAGAGGCAGCAAAGUCAGGAAGCACUUUUCAGUCUCGUCACGUUUUAUUUCCUUGCCUUCUUGAUGGAAGGAUUACUUUAAAAACAUUCUGGAACAUUCCCAAAACAGAACUGGACAGCGUUAGAAAAAAUCAUGAUAGUCACUCCCCCAUCAUACUUUUGACGUUCAUCAUUUUAAUGUGUCCACACCAUCCAUUUCUGGUUUUCUUGACAAGUAGGAGGAAGGAGCUGCUAAAACGCCACAUUUAAACAAUCUCGCAUUGAAUAACAGGCAGUCUUUAACUUUGCUGUGUUAACACCAAACACAGCUCAGUGGGAUAACGCAUGACGAUAGGACCAGGGUGUCUACGGGGGGGGAAGUCG